AAUGGCUAAUAGUAGAUAUUACAUCGAUGAGAAAGAUUUACAAUGUGGUAUAUGUUUAGAGGCGUGGCUUGAUAAGGAUCCCAGGGUUCUUCCUUGUCAGCAUACGUUCUGUUUUGGAUGUUUAAACGGAACUAGUCGGUUUAAUUUUAUAAAUUGUCCAAUGUGUCGUUUAAGAGUUCAAAUUCCUAGUGGAGACGUUAAUAAUUUUCCAAAGAAUCUAUUUAAGAAUGCUAUUCAAACGCAUAUUAUUGAGAAAUGCUUAAAACACGACAAACAAGUAAUAAAACCGAAGAUUGUUUGUCUAACUUGUAGAAGUGAAAAUCUAUGUGGAUUGUGUCUAGAUGACGAUCAUUCGGAUUAUUGUAGUAUAAAAUCGUUUUUAAAUGUUCAAGAAGCCGUUAAAGACUUUAAAGACGCUUGUCUUGAAUUAGUUAACCAACAUAAUUCAGAAAUUGAUGAUGAAGUAAAAAAAUUAAUGGAUAAAAUAAGUGAAAAAAAGAAAUUAUGGCAAUCUUUAAUUGAUAAGAAUGAAAGAGAUCUAAAGACUAAAGUAUUGAAAUCUAAACAGAAAAAACAGGAAGUAUCGUCAAGAAUUUUGAAGAAAUUAGAAAAUAUAUUCAUUGAUCAAAAUGAUAUAAAAGAAGAUAUAGCAAAUUUCUUAUCAACUAAAUUAACGGAUAAAAAUUCAUUAAAGUUUGUUAUUUAUCCGGAGAUUAAUGAUAUUAAUACAAGAAAUUAUAAAAUCAUUUCAAAGUGUAUCUAUACAACAGACUUUAAUUUUGUCUUUGGUUAUUUUUGCUAUACAGACGAAGGGCUUUAUGAAUUAUCUCACGAUUCAACUGAUAAUGAUUACGAAAAGAAUGAUGAACUACCUGUUCUUUGUCUUCGAGAGAAGAACGAUUCAAAUCCUAUAAAGUAUACACUAAGCCAUAGAAUAUCUAAUUUUGUUGUUAUUGAUAGUUGUAUAUAUGGAAUACAAACUAAUGUAGGAUCUUUAUUAAUCUGUAAAAAACCUUUCAAAAAGCAUAUUGAAUUUUCAACCGUUUACCAAGAGAAGCAAGUAUGGUUUAUCAACGCCUACGAAGAUAACGAAGGCAAUCGUUACGUUCUUACUUAUGGUAAUUCUUACAAAACUCAUCUAUGCUACUUUAUUAAUGACGAAAUAAAGUGGGAAAAGAAUUUAGUGGAUUUUCCAAUGGACGCCUGUAUACUUUCCAACGGAUAUGUUGUUAUAGGAACAAAUUCUCAAUUUCUCGUGUUCAAUAAAGACGACGGAAGGGUUAAAGCUGUAGAAAUAAGGGGAAAAAUAGCAAAAGUUUCUCUUUGUCCCCUGCAUACUGGUGGAUUUUUAAUGACAGAUGACAAUUUACCAAAACUUAAACAAUAUGAUAAUUUAAUUAACUAUGUUAAAGAUAUUUACAUUGACGUUCAUCCAGACAUUUGUAGAACUACAAAAUCUGGUAUGCUCUUUUUGAGACCAUCAACCGAAGUUAUAAAUGCAAGAUUGUAUAAGCUAAAAUAA